GACUAUGGUCAUACCACCGUGGAUAAUUAAUCCAUAUGGUGACAUAGAAGAAACGAAUGUCAUAAUACAAGAGGAACUGACUGAACUAAGUACAAACGAAGAAUUUAAGGUUCAGUUUAAAAACGGAUAUCAGCAAUUCUGGCUGCAAAACAACAUACGCGUUACUUAUCCCGUAUUAUGGAAUAUAGCGAGGAAAUUUUUAAUUUCCUUUCCAUCGUCAUACCUAGUGGAAAGAGGGUUCAGCGCUGUUACCAAUCUCCUAACGAAAAAAAUAAACAGACUGGACAUCAUUAGCCGAGGAGACUUAAGAUUAACCCUUACAAAAUUGACGCCAAAUGUUGAUAAUUUAUUAUUAAAGCAUCAGGUUCAUCCUUCUCACUAAAAAUAUUGACUUAUUGCUUAUGUUAUUUUUUUUAUAGUUUAUUUUAUGUUUAUUGGUGUCUGACCAAUAAAUGCCCGCAUUGGGAAUAAGUGCCUGC